AUGUUGAUACACGAUGGUGAUACCUAUCUUUGGACCGGUUCCUUGGCUGAUUUAACGCGCUUUGUUGAUAAAAUUUUUAAUUUUACAGGGAAGUGGAGCUCUCCAGGAGGCGAAGCGAAGCUGUUUUGUGCUACAAAGUCUGACUUUGUUAUUAAAUGGUUUGGCUGGCAGUCCCAGAAACUUGUGAUUCAAGUAGACAGUGCUGAGAACUUUUUAACACAGAAGUUUGAGAGGUUGGUGAAAAAGAGUAAAGGAAACAAAGCUGAUAGCAAGAAUGGUACUGAUGGAGCGAUUGUUGGCGAUGGCGAUACAGAACAUCCUGAUGUACUGGAUGUAUGUAAAUGUUCCUGCUCUGUUGAUCUAGAGGGCUUGAAGCUUGAAAUAACAAUUUUACAAGCGCGAUUAUCUGCCGCAAUUUCCAAAAAUGAGCUUGAGUUAGAUAUUGAUCUGCUCAGAGUUAAACAGAAAGAAUCGGAAGCCGCUAUAAGACGCCAAGACGAUGUGAUCUGUGGUCUUAACGAAGAGAAUCAAUUCCUUAAAGCAAGGUUGUUGGCUCUUGAAUAG